AUGGUCAGAGACUACAGUCAUACUACUAGAGCUGGUCAGAGACUGCACACCUAGAUCAGGAGAAGAUCAGAGACAGCAGACACACUUCAGGAGAUGGUCAGAGACUGCAGUCAUACUUCCAGAGAAGAUGGUCAGAGACUGCAGACAUACUUCAGGAGAUGGUCAGAGACUGCAGACAUACUUCAGGAGAUGGUCAGAGACUGCAGAAACACUUCAGUAGAUGGUAAGAGACUGCAGUCAUAUUAUCAGAGAAGGUCGGAGACCUCAGACAUACUUCAGAAGAUGGUCAGAGACUGCAGACAUGCUUCAAGAAAC